UGCAGCUGUGUCCACGCUGGCAGCUCAAUGGCAUUCAACAGUCAACAAGACAACAUGCCAUACCACAACCAUGGCUGGAGUGGCAGCUUUCUUAUGGAGCUUGCUGAGCUGCUUCUUUGAGGUGGCUUUCUUUUGGCAGCGAAAACUCUGGGCUUGGUGGAGGCAGAAGAGCAGACGAGAUCUCCUCCUGGAAGCUAUUGCAGACGCGAGGCUGUUUGAGGAGUGGGAGGCUGCCUCGUAUCAUCUCGACGAGUGUCUUGACUAUGAUUUGUGGCGCCAGAAUGCUACUAGCAAGUACUACGACCACCGUCUUAUCCACAACCGCUACACGGCUCUUCUUGAAGCCCUCGAAGACAACGACAUCCUUGGGCUCGUCAACCUCCUUCGAAGUGGUCUCGUCCGCAACCUUGGAAACAUAACGGCUUCGCGCCUUUUUAAUCGUGCAUAUGGUGGGACGAAACUGCUCAUCGAGGACUAUGUUACUCAGGUUGCAUACGCUAUUGAAUACCUCACGCAGUAUCCCACCACAACAAGCUCAGACACUGGGUUGACGAACCAGGCGAAGCUGGAUGUUCUACACGAUACAAGGCAGGCAUUUGGACGAUCAGCACUGGUGUUACAGGGUGGAGCAAUAUUUGGGCUUUGCCAUCUGGGUGUGGUAAAAGCGCUGCACCUCCGCGGUCUGCUCCCACGCAUCAUCGCCGGAACCGCCACGGGCGCUCUUAUUGCAGCAUUGGUGGGAGUCCACACCGAAGAUGAGCUCCUAGAAUUCCUGUCCGGGAAGAACAUCGACUUGACAGCCUUUACGAACCGGUCUUACAGACAAGGUGCUGGGAAGAGUGGGUGGCUAGAGACGUUUCUCCGACGCAUGAAGCGGUGGUGGGGUGAAGGCCAUUUUCUCGACGUCGGCGUGCUGGAAAAGCUUCUCAGGGCUAACGUGGGGGACAUGACGUUUGAAGAAGCGUACACGAGAACUAAAAGAGUGCUAAACAUCACCGUUACUACGAGUAGCGGAGCGGGCGUGCCGAAUUUGCUCAACUACCUCACCGCACCAAACGUCCUCAUAUGGUCCGCUGCUCUCGCCUCGAACGCAACAUCUUCCUCAACACUCUAUCACUCGGUAACGCUGAUGUGCAAAGAUGAAAACAACCAAAUCGUCCCCUGGUCUCCUGCAUCAGACACCACCUUUCGCCCCUGGACCCACGCUUCCUACUCAGACCGCAACUCCCCCCUCCACCGCAUCGCCGAGCUCUUCAACGUAAACCACUUCAUCGUCUCCCAAGCACGCCCUUACCUCGCCCCCUUCCUGCGCUCGGACCUGCACCACCCGAACCCCCGGCAAGACGGCCGCUGGCGCCUCAGCAUGCCCAUUCUACGCCUGAUCGUCCUCGAAGUCCAGCACCGCCUGCACCAGCUCGACGAGCUCGGCUACCUGUCCCCCUCCAUACGCCGUUUCCUGCUGGACGAGAACGUACCCGGAGCGAGCUUGACGUUGGUACCCGAGCUCACGCCCGGUGAUUUCUUCAAGCUGUUGGAGAAUCCAACGAAAGACGCGGUCGACUACUGGAUUCGCAGGGGCGAGAGGAGUGUGUGGCCUGCGGUCACGGCGCUGAAGAUUCGCUGCGCUAUCGAGGUCGAGUUGGAUCGCGGAUAUCAGCUGGUAAGGAGGAGAAAGCCGUUUGAUCAUGCGGGCGGUGGGGGAUUGCGGAAAAGUGGAAGUAGAGGGGAAGUGAGGUCGUCGUAUGGCGCGGAGGCGUAUGGCGAGAGUAGUGAGAGGGCAAAUAGGAAGGGUAGAGCAGCGAGUCUUGGUGGGGACACGACUUCUUGAAGGGUUGGGCGUCGUACACGCGACGGCUCAGAGAGGAUCUCCAGUUCACAUCUGCAAGAAAACAGCGAGCGAGGGUAUUAUAUUUCACCAAUAUUCUGAAGCGAGAAGCCACCCAACGUGAUAUCACAGAAGCCAAAAAGCCAAACUCCGUUGAUUCUCAUCAGAAUGCGUACGUUGCGUUGCGCUGCGUUGCGUGCCAACCCCCAUAUGCACCCUCCAAAUGCACCCCCUCAAUGGAUCCCUCCCAAACAGACAAAGGCGUUACAUGCAUCCAAAGCAAGGAAAACAAUAUCU